ACUUGUUCACACCUCAUCUCCCCCCCCCUCUCCACCCCCUCUCCCCCAUCUAGGCUCGUUUGGCAGUGUGGGUGGAGGUGGAGUGAAACCCGGCAGGAUACGAAUCCGAAUCCCUUCCAGCCACUCGCUCCCACAUACCAACACCGCCACACGUAACCUUGUCUCCCCUCCCCCCGUGUCUCUGUCCCCCUCGCCUGCUGUGGCCCAGGCUGUGGAUGCCGCCGCCCUGGUGGUCACCGCCUCCACCGCCUCCACCGCCACCACCGCCUCCACCGCCGCCUCCACCGCCUCCACCGCCUCCACCACCGCCACCACCGCCUCCACCACCGGCACCUCGCCCCACAACGUCGCCACCGCUCACGGCACCCAGGGGGAGAGGGACUCACAACGUGGUGGUGGCUGUGUGGAGGUGCGUCAAGUCACGCUGGAGAGAGAGGGAGAGAAGUUGGGGAUAUCCAUCGCGGGGGGAGAGCGUGGCGGAGUUUUUGUGUCUCGCGUGGAAGAGCGCAGCCUGGCGCAGCGUGCCGGGCUGGGAUACGGUGACCAGCUGCUGGAGUACAACGGGAUCAACCUGCGUAACGCCACGGAGCAGCAGGCCAAGUUGAUCAUCGGCCAGACGGAGACCGGCUCCACAGUGACCCUCCUGACGCAACCUCAGCAACACUCACCCACCUCACCCACACACCACGGGUGAGAGGGC